AUGGAUAUUGGAGGCCUGGAAACAGCGGUGGCCAACUCGGCCUACGUGUCAGCGCGUGGAAGCCUGGAUGGCAAUGCAGCCGCUACCAUGCGCGACAAGAAAAUGCGCGCCAAGUUGAAGCUGCCCCACAUCAAGCAAUGCGAACAUAUGAAGACCACAGUGGACAGCGUCUUUGACAGCAUGUGCGUCAGGCAGCCCAUUGGCAAGCGCCUCUUCCAGCAGUACCUGGAAGAUGAUGCCGUUCACAAGAGCGCUGGCGAACUGUGGAAGGACAUUGAGGACUACAACACGGCACAAGAGAAGGACCGCUUGCAGAAGGCCCAGAAGAUUGUCAACAAGUACUAUGACUCUGCCUCCAAGAACUUCUGCAGCUUCCUGGAGGAGAAGGCCAUCGCCCGCGUCAAGGAGGACCACAAGAAUGUCCGGGGCGACCUGUUCAAGGAGAGCGAGCAGCAGCUGCUCAAGCACUUGGAGGCCACAGCAGUGCAGGGAUUCAAGGACAGCAUAUUCUUCCUCAGAUACGUGCAGUUCAAGUGGCUGGAGAGCCAGUCAGUGACAGAGGAGUGGUUCAUGGACUUUCGCGUGCUGGGCAAAGGGGGCUUCGGGGAGGUGCACGCCUGCCAGAUGAAGGCCACAGGCAAGAUGUACGCCAACAAGAAGCUCAACAAGAAAAGGCUGAAGAAACGCAAGGGCUACGAUGGCGCCAUGGUAGAGAAGCGCAUUCUGGCCAAGGUGCACAGCCGCUUCAUCGUGACGCUGGCGUACGCAUUUCAGACCAAGAUGGACCUCUGCCUCGUCAUGACCAUCAUGAAUGGAGGAGAUCUCAGGUACCACAUCUACAAUGUGGACGAGAAGAACCCAGGCUUCAAUGAGACGAGAGCCUGCUACUACACAGCUCAGAUCAUCUGUGGUCUUGAGCACCUCCAUCAACACCGAAUCAUCUACAGGGACCUGAAGCCUGAAAAUGUCCUGCUGGACGACGCAGGACAUGUGCGCAUCUCCGACCUGGGCUUGGCUGUGGAGCUGAAGCCGGGCAAGGACAAGACCAAGGGGUACGCAGGAACACCAGGCUUCAUGGCUCCGGAGCUGCUGCAGAACAAGGAGUAUGACUACUCUGUGGACUACUUCACGCUGGGGGUCACACUCUAUGAGAUGAUCGCUGCCAAGGGGCCCUUCAGGAGUAGAGGGGAAAAGGUGGACAACAAUGAGGUGACCAGACGCAUCCUGUCCGAACCAGUCUCGUACCCCGACACUUUCGGAAAGGAGUGCAAAGACUUUUGCGAGGGGCUGAUGGAGAAAGAUCCGGAGAAGCGCCUUGGGUUCAAGAACAACAGCUGCGAUGAGAUGAAGAACCAGCCCUUCUUCAAAGAGCUCAACUGGGGACGCCUGGAAGCAGGAAUGCUGACCCCUCCCUUCGUCCCAGACCCCAAGAUGGUGUACGCCAAGGACAUUGAUGACGUGGGGGCCUUCAGCACCAUCAAAGGGGUGGUGAUGGAUGAGAAGGAUACCGAGUUCUUUGAUGAGUUCUCCUCUGGGAACAUCCCCAUCCCCUGGCAGGAGGAGAUGAUCGAGACGGGUGUAUUUGGCGAGCUCAACGUCUGGGCAGAAAAGGGCAAGUUGCCCCCCGACCUUGACCCCAACUUCGUGGAGGCCAAAGGUGGUGCCUGCGUGUUGCUAUGA